UAUACGCCGCAUACGACAUCGCCUGGCAACUCUGUUAUAGCUAAGCAUGCCGCGCUCGCCCAGGUUUCCAGAUCACACUUCGUUGUCUCUUGCGCACGUCUUGACUUGUAAUCCAACCGUCUACUCGCAAUUCUUCCUUCUCACAGCAUCUUGUUCAAUCAAUUGCAUCCCCUUCAUCGUCAGACGACACAAUGUUGACCAACCGCCGCUCCACCAUGAUGCUCCCGCGUCAAAACACAAACCCACAAAUCCGACCGGAGCCUGCGCAGCCGGAAACAGAACCGCACUGCCGCACCUCUUCUGUUUUGACAGCCACGACAGCCACGCUUCCCGGCUAUCGCAUUGUCAAAGUCCACGGCAUGGUACACGGCCUCACAACCGUAGCGCGCAAGGACACAAAAGCCUUCCUCAAAUCUAUGGGCAAUGGGAGUGAAGCGAAGAGUCUCACCCAUAUGAUCUACAACGCGCGCGACCAAGCCAGUGAGCGCAUGAUCAGAGACUGCAUCUCACGCGGCGGGAACGCCAUCAUUGGCAUGGGAUUCGGCGAAAGCGAGGUCCUUGGGUUCGCGCAGAUCAGCGUGUACGGCACUGCGGUAUACAUAGAGAAAGAGAAAGCGUGACUAGAAGAUCCCUUCCGAGACUCUGGGUGCUACGUAGGCCCCACACAACGAGACGCCACUUUUGAAGACGUGGAAGACGAUUCCCACACCUGAGCAUCCAUCUGGACAUGGACAAUUACGACAUGACGACUACGACUGCCGCAGUGCGAGCAGGAAACAUUUGGCG